AUGCGCUCGACAAUCAUCUUGGCCCUCAUCCCCGCGGCCCUUGGCUGCCUGAAUGCCAACACAAACAGUUGCGCCAGUUUCAUCAAGUCAAACGCCGCCACGGCUUCGGCCUUCUGUGCGACUUUCACGCAGAGCAAGGUCACGGCCACCUCGGCACUCCCGGCCUGGGCCACGCACUGCUCUCGGAAGCCUAGUCUUAUCUCCGCCGAGUGCUCGUGCCACUACACGGCCGGCGGCGGCGGCGGCGGCCCGACCGCCACGGCCGUCCCGACCACCCCGACCACGACGCUGCGCACGAGCACCACGACCGCAGGUGGCGGUGGGGUUGUGACACCCCCCGCAGGAGUGGUCACGGCUUUGCCCCAGUCCUCUGGUGCUGUGUCAUCCUCGGCAGCCAUCACGGUAACUGCGUCUUUCGACGGCGGCAUGAAGAACUACGACCGCUCGCCCCGAGUUUGUGCCGACCAGAGCGAGACGGGUGAGAAGGAUGCCAUGUUUGUGCUCGAGGCUGGUGCUACGCUCUCGAACGUGAUCAUCGGUCCCAACCAGGCCGAGGGUGUGCACUGCAAGGGCCCUUGGACGAUCAAGCAGUCCAGCGGUACCUCAUACGUAAUUGGUGGCGGCGCCUUCAAGGCAGCCGAUAAGAUCUUCCAGUUCAACGGGUUCGGAACGCUCGACAUCAAAAACUUCUACGCCAACGACUACGGAAAGGUCGUCCGAAGCUGUGGCAACUGCAGCAACAACGGUGGCGCUAGGCAUGUGAUCAUGAACAACGUCAUCGCCAAAGACGGCGGUGUCCUCUGCGGCAUCAACACGAACUAUGGUGACACUUGCACGAUUAACAACAGUUGCCAAGACGGUAACAAGACGUGUGACAAGUACACCGGGAACAACUCGGGCAAGGAGCCCAGCAAGAUCGGGUCCGGCCCCGACAGCACUUAUUGCAAGGUCAACGCCUUCUCGACCACGUGCUAG